AUGAAGUUGGUACGAUUCCUAAUGAAUGUACCCAAUUCUACAAACCAGCCCAUCACAGUGGAGUUGAAGAAUGGUAACAUUGUGAAUGGAACUCUUUUAUCUGCAAACCCUCAGAUGAAUCUCAAUUUGAAGAAUGUUAAAUUGCAACAACUAUAUCAGGACCCCAUUUUGCUUCAAUAUAUAAACAUUAGAGGAAACCAGAUCAGACAGAUAUUACUACCGGAUGAUUUAAAUAUUGAUGGUGUGCUAGAAAAGUCGCAGACUAAAAUCAAAGGACAAGGAGCUGGUCCCAGCGCGAAACCUGUGUCACGAAGAGGCGGUAGAGGCGGAGGUUCAGAUCGUGGUGGAAGAGGAAGAGGCAGAGGCAGAGGUAGAUAG